CAGCUAGACAGAUCGCGAGCGACGUUCUAGCAGCACGGGAGGUGGUUUGUUAUCAAAGCGCGCCAGCGCCAGCGCCAGCAAGGUCUCUAGUCUGGACCGCGAGCAAGUUGGCACGCGCCGCAGGGGUGGCAGCAAGGCCAGCAAUAAAUGGAACCCUACGCGCACCUCAAGACGGCGCAGGAGCUGCGGGAGGAGGGCAACCGCGAGUUCAAGGGCGGCUACUACGACGCGGCGGCGGCCAAGUACCGCGCGGCGCUCCGGAAGGACAACAACUGGGCCCUGCUCCACUGCAACCUCGCGCUCUGCUUCGCGAAGCAGGAGAAGUGGGAGGAGUGCGUCCAGGCCGCGACGGCGUGCCUCGCGGCCCCGAGCUGCGACGCGGCGACGUCGCGCAAGGCGCUCCUGCACCGGAGCCGGGCCUACCGCGCGUCGCCGCACCGGCGGGCCGAGGCCGACCUCGACCACGCCCGGGCGGACCUCGAGCGGGCCCUGGAGACCGACCCGGCGAACAAGGUCUUGCGGCGGGAGCUCGCCGGGCUGCUGAACGGCGAGGCCGUCACGGACGCCGCGCUCCCGGACGCGCCCGCGCUCCAGUUGAGCCUGACCGAGGCCGAGCUGUACGGCCGGGACGAGGCCGCGCGGCGCCGCGACGCGCCGCCCGCGCCGCCCCCGGAGCCGCCCGCGGAGUGGGUCCAGCAGCGGCUGGCCGACGCGCUGGCGCGGCGCCGGGCCGAGCACGACGCCGCGCCGCUGCGGAAGGGCUACGACGGCCACGCGCCGGCGUUCUCGCGGCCGCCCGCGACGGCGGCGGACGCGGCGGCCGCCGCGCGGCUCGCGCGCGCCGCGCCCGCGCGGAUCGGGGGCGCGCCGGCCGCCGCCGCCCGGGACGUCGAGUUCAACCGGGGCUACAAGGAGGUCGACGUGUCGCCCUGGGCCGUGCGGCGCCUGGCGGCGCGCCUGCACGCGGUCGAGGCCCGGCUCGUGGACGACGACGCGCGGGACGCGUACGGCGGCGUCGUGCGCGUCACGCCCGCGAGCGCGGGCGGCGACGCGCUGGCCGUGCGCGUCGCCGGGCGGUGGACGCGCGCCUACGACCUGAACUGCCGCUUCGACUUCGAGGCGCGCCUGGGCGCGCCGCGCACGAAGGAAGUGACCGUGCAGGGGAAGCGCCAGCGGGUCUUCCUGGGCGUGCCGACCGUGCGGGGCGCCUUCGUCGUGCGGGAGCUCACGCACGACGACGGGCCGGACGGGUGCGUCUGCGACCUCGAGUGGGGCCGCGGCUGCUCCGCCCAGCACCUCGAGAGCGACGAGGUCGGCCUCUCGAAGGCGCACGCGGCGGCGCUGCGGAACCUGCUCUACCCGCACGACGGCGGCGCGGUGUGCGAGGCCGUGCGCGCCAUGCUCGCGCGCUUCGUCGAGGACCUGGAGCGCGAGGUGCCCGGCGAGCCGCGGCCGCGGCUGCGCGACGCGUCCGAGGCGGACCACCGCGCCGCGGUCGGCUACGACGCGGCGCCCCUGCCCGAGGACGCGCCGCCGGCGCCCUGGCGCUUCGUCGCGCCGACGGCGGCGGCCUCGGAGCCCGUCGAGGGCGACGCGCCGGCCCGGAAGCCGGGCCGCGAGGGCGACGCGCGCGGCGGCUUCGGCCACGGCAUGAUGGAGCAGUUCGAGGCGCUCCACAAGGACGGCUACACCGUCCUGCUCGGCGGGGCCGCGCCGGCGCCGGCGCCGGCGCCGGCGCCGGCCCUGGACUACUCGCGCUUCGAGCAGCUGCACGUGUCCGACGACGACGAGGCCGACGAGGCCCCGGUCGCGGGCGAGGUCCCGGACCUGACCGGCGCGUCGGACGAGACGCGCGACCUGUGGAACGUGAUCCUCAAGAUCGCGGACGGCGACGCGGCGGAGGCGCGGCGGCUCAUGGCGAACCCCGAGGAGAUCGAGGAGCACCCGCUGAUCCGGUGCCUCUACGCGACGUCGACCUAA